AUGGGCAACUGCGUCACGCACGCGCCGCCGCCGUGCGUAAGCGCGUCACCGCUUCCCCGCCGUGCGUCCGCCCCACGAGAGGGGCGGGGCUGGCGGCGCGGUUGGCCACGCCCACCUGCCACGCCACGCCCCCUCCCGCCGCGGGGUGGGCGCGGCCGCUCGGCUCGCCGUGAUUGGCCGGGGGCGGCCACGCGGCGCGGCGCGCGCCAAGGGGGUCUGGGGGCCGCGCAGCUCCGCGCCGAAAUGGCCGCCGUCCCCCUCGGCUUCGACAUCGACGCCCCGCGCUGGGACCAGAGCACGUUCGCCGGGCGCCUCCGGCACUUCCUCAACAUCACCGACCCGCGCACGGCCCUGGUGCCCGAGCGGGAGCUGGACCGGGCGCGGGAGGUGGUGGCAGGCUGCAGGGCCGGGCUGGUGCCGCCGGGCAGCAGCCGGGAGCAGCUGCUGUACGCCAAGAAGCUGUACGACUCGGCCUUCCACCCCGACAGCGGCGAGAAGAUGAACCUCAUCGGCAGGAUGUCCUUCCAGGUGCCGGGGGGCAUGGCCCUCACCGGCUGCAUGCUCCAGUUCUACCGGACGGUGCCGGCCGUGGUUUUCUGGCAGUGGGUGAACCAGUCCUUUAAUGCCAUCGUCAACUACACCAACCGCAACGCCGCCUCCCCCAUCUCGCUGGCGCAAAUCGGAGUGGCUUACGUCACGGCCACUGGUACGGCCCUGGCCACCGCGGUGGGGCUCAACCUCUACACCAAGCGAGCCCCCCCUUUGCUUGCCCGCUGGGUCCCGUUUGCAGCCGUGGCCGCCGCCAACUGCGUGAACAUCCCGAUGAUGAGGCAGCAGGAGAUCAUCAACGGGGUCACGGUGACGGACGAGGACAACAACGAGCUGGGACGCUCCAGGAGGGCGGCGGUGAAGGGCAUCGCGCAGGUCGUGGUCUCCAGGAUCACCAUGGCAGCUCCGGGCAUGAGUGAGUGCGGGAUGGGGCACUGGGCUGGGGGCCGGAUCCACGCAGUGACCCAAAGCCCAGCGGCUCCCAGCACGGCCAGCGCUGCUGGGGCUCUGCGGGCUGGCCCUCACCUCUUCCCCUCCCCUCUUCUCUCGGCACCUAGUUAUUCUGCCCAUCAUCAUGGAGCGGCUGGAGAAGUUCCCCUUCAUGCAGCGCAUCCGGGUUCUCCACGCGCCGCUGCAGGUGCUGCUCUGCGGGGGGUUCCUCCUGUUCAUGGUGCCGGCCGCCUGCGCCCUGUUCCCGCAGAGAUGCUCCCUCGCGCUGGCUAGCCUCGAGUCGGAGCUGCGGGACAGCAUUGUGGCCAAGCACGGGGACAAAGUUCCAUACGUCUACUUUAACAAGGGACUGUGAACGGAGGCUGCUUCGGGAGCCAUCACGAUCCUCUGGACCCCUGCCGCCGCCAGCCCCACAUUCCCUGAGCAGGGCUCAGAGGCAUGGUCUGACCCCGUCAGCCUGGCCUGGGGGAUGGAGCUGGGGUCGGCUGGUCCAGAGCCUCCCCCCAUCUGCUGCCAGCCGUGUCCCCAUCGGGGGCAUCCCUCCUCCCUCCCAAACCACAUUGCUGCCUUAAACCACUGCAGGGGCCUCUUCCCAAGAGCUGGAUCCCCCUCGGCAGGCUGGAAGGGACCUGUCCCCUCUGCACGGGGAGUGGACCAAGUCCCGGGACCAGUGCUUGGACCAUGCCUUCCUCACUCUCAGGUUCAGAUUUUAUUCACUUUGCGAUUGUCACAAUCCCAAAGAGAAAUAGCUAAUUCUUUUAAAGCUCUAAUUUUUUUGAAAUUACCCAUUCCUCUGAGCACAAAAGCCAGCUGUUGUCCUGUGUCUCCCUGUCCCCACGGUGGGACCAAGGACCUGGGGGACACUCAAUUCUUGUCCCCCUUGCACAGGGGGAAGGAGACACGGGGGUCACGAAGCCAUCAGGGUGUGAGCUCAGGCUCUGAACAGGCAAUGCUGCAACUGACAGAGAGGAGGGUUGGCAAAUAAAACAUGGUGAUUUUUAAAACA